GGACACGGGGCAGGCGAACACAGCGCGGUUCUGUUCCGGGCCUCUGGGGCGGCGGAGCCGUAGAGCCGAGGAGCGCAGGGCAGAGCGGCCUGCCAUCGUCAGGGCGCGGGCACAGAGGACUCAUUGAUCGCCAGCGGGGGGGGGACUCAAUACACAAUGAGACCGAGCCGGCGAUCUCACCCCCCUCACCACCGCCCCACCACCACCACCACCACCACCACCACCACGCUCUCCCUCAGCCUGUGCUCUCUGCUGCUGCUCAGCCUCGUCUCGCGUGGCCAGGCGGUCCAGGCUGAGAAUGUGACGGUGCAGGAGGGCGGCACAGCCCAGAUCUCGUGCCGCCUGCAGAACUACGACGGCUCCAUCGUCGUUAUCCAGAACCCACGCAGGCAAACGCUAUUUUUUAACGGCACCCGAGCCCUGAAAGACGACCGUUUCCAGAUGGUGCUGUUCACACCGCGGCUGGUGCGCAUCACUCUGACCAACGUGAGCGUGUUGGACGAGGGCGGCUACUUCUGCCAGCUCUACACGGACGACACGCACCACCAGGUGGCCACGCUGUCCGUGGUGGUGCCCCCAGAGACGCCCAUCAUCGAGGUGAACCAGGAGGCCGUGGAGGGUGGCGAGGCCAAGCUCACCUGCCUGUCCCCGCGCAGCAAACCCCCCGCUUCACUGCGCUGGAUGAGGAACGGCCGCGAGAUACCAGCCCUGUGCCUCCGCCGCCGCAUCACAGCCCUGUGCCCCCGCCGCCGCAUCACAGCCCUGUGCCUCCGCCGGGUACCCAUACCGGAAUCCUUUUCUGGAGACUCCCUCACCCUUACCUGCACUGUCACUGGAAACCCACUGCCUCGGAUCAUCCAGUGGUCACGGGUGAACGACACCCUCCCUGAGCGGGCCGAAAUCUUGGGGACUACCCUGGUCAUGUCCCGCCUCAGCCAGUCGCACAACGGAACCUACCUGUGCCAGGCGCACAACAACCACGGCCGCGCCGCCGACCACUACACUCUCCUGGUGUACGAGAACAUUACUGUUGCACCCACCUCCAUCCCUGACAGCUUCAUCCCAACCUCCCUAACCACCAUGUUUGCACCAGAGCCCAAAGAUCCCGGGGCAGUGGUGGAGACCCACAGUGCAGUACCGUACGCGGUCAUAGGGGGCGUCUUGGCUCUGCUGGUGUUCACCAUCAUCUGCGUCCUUAUCGCUACUAUCUGGUGCUCGGGUAAGGCCAGAAAGCCUGUCUCUCUCUCUCUCUCUCUCUCUCUCUCUUGCUCUGCCCUGUCUCCCUCUCUCUCCAUAGGUUCCUAUCUCACCCAUGAGGCCAGCGGUCUGGACGAGCAUGGCGAGGUCCAGGAGGCCUUUCUCAACGGCAACGACACAAGGGACGGCACCAAGAAAGAAUAUUUACUGUAGAGGUCCCGGCAGAGUCCUCCCCCACAACGACUAUAACACACCACAGAACACACACACACACACACACUCCACACACACCUCCAGAGCCGAUGAAUGGUCGCCCUGACAACCCCAGCGAUUUCACAUGGUUCUGCCAUACAAGAUGGAGGGGAAGAGAAAGGGAGGGAAGGAGGGAGGGAGGGAAGGAGGGAUGAUGGGGGUAAUGGAGGCACAAGGGGCGUAGAGAACACAGGGAUAGAGGGGUGCAGAGGCGAGAAUGAGCGAGAGAGUGUGCGAGAUGGAGAGGCAGAAGAAAAGAUGUAAUCAUACUUAUUAUGCCGGAGAUGGACAUUGGCGCACAAACUAUUCCAAUGCAAUUUGUGUUUAGCAAAAGAGAUGGACGCGUAGAUGGCUGCCCGUGAGCCUGCGCCAAGAGUAAAAGAAAAGAGCGAGCAGAAAGCGCAAAGCAAAAGAGCACUGAAAGGCCCCGAUCCAUAACUCGCUCAGACAGCAGCAGCGGGGAAAGGCAGGCAAGGUUAGAAGGUAUUGAGUGCCCAGCAUGAGAAAAUUGAAAUACUUUUAAAUUGCCAAAGCAUCUCCGCUCCGCUUUCUAACCCUUAUAUAUAAUUCUGUGAUGACAGUAGCGAUUGCAACGCAACAGUCCUCAUCAAGUAUUUACACCCCCCCUCUCUCCACUCCACACACACACAAAAGACAGACCCUGCAUUACCUACUGCAUCGGAGCACAGACCUCAGAAGUCUGUCCUGGCACUGGGCUCUCUCUCUCUUCUCCGCUCUCUCUCUCUCUCUUCUCCGCUCUCUCUCUCUCUCUCUUCUCCGCUCUCUCUCUCUCUCCCCUGCUCCCUCCUCUGGCUCCCUCUGCUCGGCUGUCUGUCUUUGCCUUCCAUCUCCCUCCUAUUGUUUGUUAAUAAUUACGCGGGGUUACAUUUGUUCUAUUUGAAUGGGAAAUGAAUGUACAUGGGGAACAGAAAGACUUAAAAGAAAAGCUUAAUUAUUAUUGUAAAAUGUCAUUGGCAGCAUUAGGUGUGUGGGGGUGUGGGGAGGGGGGUUGGGGGGGGUGAGUAUGUGUGGUCGGUGGGGAUGAGUGAUUAUACAGGAACAGAAUGAUAGCAAAUGGUAGAGAGGUUACAGCCGAAGAAAAGCGGGAUAUUUUUUUGAAUGCUACAAUACAGACAUGUGUACACAAACACACACACACACGCACACAUCUAUGUCAUUGUUUGUAUAAAAAAGUCAACAAAGUAAAUUAAAUGAAACUUUUAAGACAAGAAAAAAAAAGAUGAUUUACUACUGAACGCAUUACCAUUACCAAGAGUUACCAUACUAACACAAUAUUAGCUUAGAGAAUAAAGUACUGAACAAAUACUGUUAAGUGAUCUUUAAGUAAAAAAUGAAAAUCUGAAAAAAAAAAUAUGUAUCAUUUUGUCUUCAUGAAAAACAUGAAAUACUGAAGUCUUAUUGAUUUUUUUAUUAAUUAAUUAUUAUUUGGACAAUUAUGAUUGUUGUUAUUGUUGUUGUUAUUAUUAUUACUGUUAUUAUUAUUGUAAAUGUUACAAAAAAAUGUACGCCACAUUUUAUGUUUUCUAUAUAGGAACAGCUGUCUCCUCUAUCUUCUCUCUCCGUCAUUCUUCUGUCUUUCUCUCUCUCUGUCUCUGUGCCUAUUUGUCUCUUCUAUGCUGUUUUUCACUCUUGUUUAUUUUAUAGUCCAUGUGUCGCUGUUGAUAUAGCUAACUGUAUUUCUUUUAGGAAAAGGAACAAAGCACGACAAAAUAAAAAACCUCUUCAAAAAUAA